AUGCACAGUAACGCCGUCUGUUUGUCAACGUGGUGUCGGCGCGUGCUGAGGUGGUACCAGCUGCACAGCAAGCCCGACAAGAAGGACACCAAGAAGCGCGGUGAGCUGGAGGUGCGUGUCCAGUUCGUGGUGCGCGCGGCGCCGUCCGCCAGCACCGCGGACCUGGCCGCCGAGAAGCAGAAGGGGCGCGGGUCGCUGCUCAGCCUGCCCAAGGUGUCCGGCUCACUGGGAGGCAGCCUCACCAGCCUGGCGCACAAGAAGAAGUCGCUGAAGAAGCUGGCUGCCUCGGUCGGUCACAAGGUGGCCAAGGCGGGCGGCCGGCGGCGCGGCAGCUCGCCGCGCGCCGGCAGCGAGGCCGGCUCGGACGUGGGCAGCGAGCUCGGCUGGGACGACGGCGCCUCGAGCAACGCCGACCCGGGCGUCAUUUCUGAGGGCGAGGAGGACAUGUUCGGGUUUGAUGACGACCACGUGGGCCGCGGGCGCUCGAGGACCCCGGAGCUGUCCGGCCGCGUCCAGCUCAGAGCUCCCGUGGACGAGACGCCGCUGUCGUCCCUCUCGAGCUCCGUGCAGUCGGGCCUCAGCGACCUGGCUCACGGCGCCACCUAUGACGAGGCGGCAGUUCGGGCGGAGCCCGUGGUGGCGCCCAGCCCGCUGGCGGCCGACCCGGCGGUGGAGGAGCCGUCGCGGGGCGGCUGGGCCGGCAGCGCCCGCUCGUCGGGCCGGCUGCCUCCAGCCCAGAGUCCUCUCACGGCCCAGACCGCGGCGGCCGAGCCUUCGGGCGGCGCGGAACGGGAGGCCGCCAAACCGCCCCCCGGAGCCCCGAGCAGCCCUCGCGAGUCUCGGCGGAAGGCCGCGGCGCCGGCCCCGCCCGCCGGCGCCCCCGGGCCGGGGCUGGAGCCGGUGCCGGAUCCGGCGGCGGCGCGGCCGGAGAGGAAGGAGGAAGGUGUGCCGGCGCCGCGGGAGCCGCCGCCGGCGCCGCGCCAGUCACCCAGUGAGCCGGCGGAGGACGCCGCGCGCCGGGACGCCGGGCAGGACGCCAUGUUCGGGAGCCGACCGGCGCCGAGCAGAGGGGAGCCGCCGCAGCUGACGCCGCCAGGUACCGGGGACGCGGAGCCGGGCCGCUCGGCGCGCGGUGCCAGUGCCCGGCUGUCGGGUCGGCUACGGCCGGCUGAGUCAGGGGCCAGGUCAGCCGACCCGCCGCCCGGUCACCCCACCGCCGACACCGACCGAAAGGGACAGGUCGGCGACAACCCCUUCGACGAGCCGCAGAACCCCUUCGACGAGACGGAGAAAAGUCCUCCAGACGAGGACGACAAAAAUCCCUUCAGCGAACCGGAUAGAAAUCCAUUCGACGAGCCCGAGAAGGGCGGGUUUGCGGAGCCCGAGCGGCCGCCGGCCAGCGAGCCGGGCAACAACCCGUUCGAGGAUGCCAGCGGUAACCCGUUCGAUGAGCCGGAUGAAGAGUUUGCGGUGGAGGUGCUCGGGGCAGACGAGGACGCCAAACUACCCAAGGAAAAGACAAGAAAACGCGACAAAAUCGGCAAAAUGUUCCGGGGCCUCAAAUCCAAGAAGGAUGAUGGUGAACAAGGGGAUAAGAAGCAGAAGAAAAUCUCGCAGGCGGCCGAGGAGGCGCCCGGCGGUGACGCCGCUGCGGCGCCCUCUCUGCGCUCGGUGCAGACGUGGGCUGGCGGCGCGCUGCCCGCCGCCGCCGACGAGCCGCCCCCGCCGCCGCCGCCGCCCAUACCGGAGGAGGACGGGGAGAGGACGGUGACGCCGCAGCGGGAGGCCUCCGGCCGCUCUGCCGGACUCAAGGAGCGCUUCAAGAAGCGCGAGCGGACGGAGAAGGCGGCCGGCGCGCCGAGCCGCAGGACGCCCCAGAUACUGCGCAAGGCGGGCAACUCGCCGGGCGGCGACCCCACGGAGCGGGCGCGCCGCCAGACCGCGCUGCCUCGCAGCGACUCGGUGCCCCUGCUGCGGAUGUCUGCCGACGCCGACUGGCCGCGGGUGGUGGAGGGCGGCAACGAGCGGCUGGCGGACGCCGGCCGAGAGCCGCACGGCCCCUACGACGGCGUGUCGCGCGAGCGACUCGUCCAGAUGGUCACCGAACUGCAGCGGGAGCUGCGCCAGGCCAGCGACGAGCUCAAACAGUCGCGCGCCCAGACGCAGGAGAUGGAGUCGUACCUGUUUGACCUGCUGGUGCGGGUCAUGGAGACGUGUCCGGAGCUGCUGCAGAGCCCCACCAAGCCGGCGCCCGCCGCCGCCUCGGCAAACGGCAGCGCGGUGACUCUGGACCCGGCCUCCGCCUGUCGGCUCAUCUGAGGUCGCCGGGAGUCAGCUGAGGUCACUAGAGGUCAUCUGAGGUCGCCGGGGGUCAGCUGAGGUCACCAGAGGUCAUCUGAGGUCGCCGGGGGUCAGCUGAGGUCACCAGAGGUCAGCUGAGGUCACCAGAGGUCAACUGAGGUCACUGGAGAGCAGUGUGUGCCGCGACUGGCGGGACCGGUCCGGCGGUCGGAGCCGGGCGCCCUCUGAGCUGCUGAGCCUCAGCAGCUGAGGUGGCCCCUGGCCGUCCCCUCCGCCGUCUCUGCUGGCUGCUGACCGUCCGUUCCGCCGCUGACUGCGCCGGCUGCUGAG